UUUGCCGUCUAUUUUCGAGCUGAGAGAUGUAUUCAUUCAGUACAAGUCAGCAGAGAGUUAAAAGCAUUUCAAGUGGUCUGUGUAUUUCUGCAAUCACUACGUUCUGAUCGAAGUAUUUAUUAAAAAAUGAAGAGAUUGUGGGUGAUUCUGUCGAUCCUAGUGAUUACUAUCAUUCAUUUUUUGGAGGGGAAAAUACUUGCGCAAUGCGAAGCCGUGAAAGAGCUGGAGCGAGCCAAAAUCGAAAGAACCUUCAUUAGCAACUGGGUCUGCCUGAUGCAAAGCGAAAGUGGAAUGAACACGAGAUUGGUCACUGGUCCAAAGACAGCAUCCAGCUACUCCUUUGGUAUUCUGCAGAUCAACAGCGCCAAAUGGUGUACCCGAGGACGUACAGGUGGUAUUUGCAACAAACGCUGCGAGGCGUUCAUAAAUGACGACAUACAAGACGAUAUUGCGUGCGCGAAGAUCAUUUUCGAUCGAGAAGGAUUCAAGGCGUGGAACGGAUGGAUGAAGAAGUGCAAGAACAAACCGUUGCCCAAUAUCGGCCAUUGUAAACGAAGGAAGAGAAUGACGGAUGAAAUCGAAGAGGUUGAUCCUAUGAUCCUUCUGUGAUGCCGUUUGAUACAAUGGACUGCCAAAAAGAGGCUUGAUUUUCUUACAUAUUACGUGAAUUAAAUUAAACUUGAUAAGGUAUUAAUUCUUUACUUUAGAAAAUUUUAUCAUUUUUAAGUACAAAUUUAUCAAGUUUAAUUUAAUAAUAAAAUUUUUCUUUGUGUGUACUUUUUACAUAUUAAAAUUUAGUUGCGAUUGUAUAUAGAUAAUACAUUUUGCUAGAGUUUUUUUUGUGUAUUACAUUUAAUCGCGCAGUAACAGUGUCACAUUUGAUAAAUCACGCAAUGUGUUGUACAAACAAAAUGUAUGUCGAAAUAUUCUUUGAAUAUAUAAAUCGAUUGGAUUCAGGCCAGAUGUGACGUAAAAGUGUUCACAUCACGAUUCGCUCGACCUGGCAGGCGCAAUACAAUGACUUAGAAGUUCUGCUGAUUAGACUCACAAAACUGUACGUGAUAAGAAUUUGUUAAGGCCUUCCCGAUUUCAUUAUUAUUUACUUAAAUUGUGCUUUUUCCGUUAGUGUACAAAAUUAAAAUUUAGAAUAAACAAAGUUUUUCUGUAAUAUAUGGAAACUAUGUGUAUUUUUCUCCAUAUAAUCUAUAUAAUAUACAAAAGAAACGUGUGCUUCUCGUGUUUGUUGCAUAAAUUUAUUUCGAAUUAUAUUUGAAUAAAUAUUGAGAUUCUGAUAAUUCUGAUACAGUAAAAUUCAAGCAAUUGUAUUCUUAAACAUGAAUUCUGCGAAUACAAUUGGAAUAUGCGAAAGUGCAGCUGGUUCUAAAUUCGUCUUUCGAAGAAGCGAUAUCAAAUCUCCAAGGUUGUGAGAUAUGAAAAGAUUCAACGAACAAUUCUCAUCUUUAUAUAAUGCGCGCAAUUGAUGUAUUUUCUCGAAUUCGAUAUCAAGAUCAAAUUUUGACUUCUCAGCUGAUCGUAUAAAAUCGAAUAAUACACAUAUCCGCAAUAUCAUAAUCUAUUUGUAUAAAAUUUGUGACAUAAUAACACUUUAAUUAAUUAUAUCAAUAAAAAAUC